AGUGGCUUACAUUGAGUCAUGAAACAUCAGAAAAUUUAAUUUUUCUACUCAUUGGGAUAUUAGGAAUAUGUUAAUUUAUUUAUUGUGUAAACAUGUUAUUUUCACGAUCUAAGAUUGUACUUUAGCAUGCAAUACUAUCACGGACUUAUUUAUCCAUAGUUAGUAUUUCGCAUCUCGUUUGAUUUACGACAAAGUUAUCUUACGGUUAGUCACUUGUCAUAUUAAGCUCUUUAAUUCUGUUACGUUGUCCUUCUCUAAUGAUGGAUAGAUUAACAGCUCAGCAAGAAAUGCCUUUAGAGUAUCAUACGGCCUGUCAAACUGGUUAUGCAAGUAUUCAUGACUUUGAUGUACUCAUUUUCUGGCAAUAAAACUGUUAUAACGUGAUAUGCUGCUGAUUAGAGGGUAGUGGGCGAAUUUGUCGAUCGGACCAAAGACGCGUAAACACGUAAGGACGGCCUAGAGUUCUGAUUGGUCCCAUUUCCCUGUUUAGCCCAGCCAGUUGAGUCCAGAACGCAAGUCUCAGCCUCUGAGAUAUGAAUCAUUGUAUUUCAAACAUACUCUGUUUAUAUACCAAUCAGGCAGACCACAUCGUACCAUAAAAUAGAAAACAACAUUGUAUAGUAUUGACCAGUAGGAAAACGACACGUGAAAUAAAUAUUGACCAAUAAGAAAAUAACACCAUUUCAAGUCCAAGGAUAGCGUUAGACCUAACAGAAUAAUUUUUGAGACAUUUCCCUGAAUAUCCCAACAAAAACAUAAUGCUCUGUUGCUUAAUUAGCAAGUUCUUUAUAGUAGUAUAAUAGGUGCAUAAGUCAUUGAGCGUCGUUACCAUCCCCGUCUGCGAUAUUAACCUUAAAUCGUUUCAUGAACGUUCAAAAUUUGAGAAGUGUUCCAUAGAAUUUAAGAAUUUUAAUCUCAGGCAGUUCAACUGUUGUAAAUAAUGAUCUGACGAAUUCCUGUUUUAAGUUCAAUUGCAUCGUCCAAAUCUUUGUUGGUAUAUUGGUUUAUCAUUGCAGCAUCAGUAGUUACGCUUUUAGAUUGAAAUCCAGGCGUCUCACCACUUUCGUCCGGGUCCUUAAAGGUCAUCUGGUGCAUGUCUGAUUUUUAAUAACCUCUUACAGAGUUUGUCAUCAUGAAAGUGAUAGUUUACAAACAUAAUUGAGUUCACCUUAAACGAAGGAAAUAAAGGAUUUUGAUAUUCUGUUUCGUUUAAUUUGUCUUGUUUGUUUGUGAUCUCUAUACGUCUCGUUACCGGCAUUGUCAAAGUUAUUUGCGUAUUCAAGUUCUAAGCCAAAUUAAAUAUACAACAAUAAAGCUUCGGAUUUUUAAUUAGAACUCAGUACUGUGAAAUAUUUUCAGGACGCGUAAAUCUAGUCAUCAAAACGUAAGGUUUUGUGCUACACUUGACUAUAAGUUACAUCUUAUUUUUAGUGAAAUACAUAGAAUUCUGUGAAUAUGAUAGGAAGUGCAAAUCCAAAUAAAGGAUCAGAAGGAAAUAUUGUUAAUUUCUAGAAGCUUAAGUAAUAUAUUAUUACUUAUAGGGUGUAUUAAAACUUAUUGAGUAGAAACAGUAUUCGAUAUUAGCAAACAUUUAGUGAACUGCCCUAAAAUCUAUUAAAAGUUUCGUAUUUCCACUUUAUUGAGUCGUUCGAUAUUUUAUCAAGUUGAUCAUUAGCCGUGAUUGUAAUUAGUAAUCGAUAUGUGUAUAUUUUGCGUUUUUCCACUUUGACAUACAUUCAGUUUAAACUAACUAUAAAAACAACUUUGUAUGCUAAUUGUUUCACUGUUUUUUCUAAUCGUCUGGUUUAUAUUGUUUGAUGUGCUAAUGUAUAACCCCUCAACGCUGUGUUCGUAUGUGUGUUUGUUAAGAAGUCUUCAGAUUUCACUCGAUUAAGUAUUCAUAUGACGAGAAUAGAUUUUAAUAUAAUUGUGAUCAUAAAUAAGCGCUUUUCUUUUUGAGAUAAUAAUAGUAAUAAUCGCUGUAUGUGGCACUGUUUAUUUGAUCACAAUUAAGGAUUUUUAGUACAAGCUGUCCAAUAUUAUAGUAAACCCCGGUUGUAUGCAUACUUAACAUGUAAGUAGAUAUAGUCUUCAGUGGUAACAAGCUAUCAUUUUUCUUUAUUCGCAAACAUGUUUAACCAGUUUUACUCACAUAAAGUUGCUUUUUGCCGUAUAAUAUAUUUAAUGGAUGAAUAGCAUUGUGACUGCCUCUCGUUUCUCCAGACGGCAGACAAUAAAAUGAUGUUCUAAUCACUGUGUAGUUCCGCAUACAUUUCGCACUAACUAACCUCGUGAUAUAUUGUAAGCUGGUAUAUCCGGUUAACCAGUCACUCGAAGCAACUCUAAAAUAUUAACAUUCAUUUUGAUAUUUGUGCAGUUGAUGAGAUUAGUGAGCCUUAGGUUUGAUCAGGUUGCCAAAAGUUUAUUUGAAAUAAAGGCGAAACUUGCGCAUUUCUGGUACUAGAAUAUGUUUUACAGUAAGUUACAGAUAUUUAGAGUGUACUGGUAUGGAGGAGGAUCGUAUUCAUAAGAAGAGCCGUCGCUAGUAUGGUUCGACCAUCUCCAGUGCAAGACAGUUAUCCACAUCAGGCAAUGGAUUGUGGUCACACAAUAUUGCGAAUCGAUUGGGCUUAGAGUUGUAUAAAUUACAUUCCAGCUCAGUGGUUUAGAGUUUAAGUGUUCAUUAGUGAGAAUGAAGGUCAUGGAUUCAAUUCUUGACUACUAGGCCGUGGAUAUCCACUGCUGAGGAAUCCCAUACUAGGACGAAACGGUUUUCCAAUGCUCCCUGAUUUAUAAUCGUUUAACUAAGAUCUAUCCGUGAUGCAAACUGAGAGAAUUUAAUAAUCUCCAUAAAAAUUAUACUAUGCAAGCAAUAAAGAUUAAUUUUAUCUAACUUCUAUAUUGAGCUUUCGUAUUUAACUUUGUAUUAAAUCGUCUAUCUAACAUCCCGAACUCAAAUACAUAUGAUAUUAAACACUUAUAUUUUAUUGUCGAUUUAGUGUAAUUUCUUUAUAAGUCUGCCUUUUUUGUUAUCAAUAUUAGUGUCAUUUGCGUACAUCAGUAAACUGAAUUCUUGAGCUCUGUAUUAUGAUAUGCGUUUAACGAUACAACAGGCUUUAAAACAAAAUUCAACCCCCCCGUAAGAAUGUUAAUAGUGACCUGUGGUUUAUGAAUAGUUGUUUAUUGUCCAAUCACAUCAAUCAGUCAAAGGUAAACAAUCUUCAACAGAACAUAAAUGUUUGUCGAUCUAUGUUGCUUCACUACUCUGAGACAGAAAAAUCAAGGGAUGAAAAACAUAGGAAAAAAGUAAUGUCUACGGUAAUAGAAAAGUGAGCUUCAAAAUUAGUUUUCAAAAUAACUUAAUGAAAUCAAAUGCUAAGAUAAAUUGGGUAAUACUUAGCUCAAAAUUUAGAUAAAGGUAACGAAUUUACGCCAUUAAAUUUGAUUCUAAGUUGUAUUACUUCAAAUCUUUAUUUAUAAUCUACGACCUCGCAAUGUACUCACUUACUCAUACUCAAUGUAGAACCUAGCACGUAUGUGUAUCGGUUCAAAUUGUAACAUCAUAUUAGAACAUCGAAAUGAAACUACCAUGAGAAACUCCAGAGUAGUAUAAAUAGUUAUAGUAUCAGUGGUAGUAUAAAGGAUUAAACAUAAACGAUAUAAUUUGAGGAGGGAUGAGUUUACAGAAUGAAAAAGAUAAUUAUGGAACUUUGUAUUGAAGGAAAGAUCGUGAGUGAAUUCAUCUAUGCCACUGCGGCGAAUUUUGACCGUAUCAUCCAACGUCUCUAGCCAUUGAUAACAAUAAUUGGGCGAACUCUAACCAAGAUGUAUGCAUCUGUUGACAUGGCUGAUUUCAACAGUCAUUCACUUCACGGACUGGUGCGACGUUUUGGCUUGAUCUCCCCCAAUAUUUUUCCAUCCUACUCUCGGAUAGGCAAACAUCACACGUUGAGGUAGGCGGUGAUUGAGCCCCACGGUGUGCGACUCUUGUUUAACCGAUUUUGAAUAUCUUAGUCGAUAACAUGUAAUCGCCUUUCACUAAACUCUUGUCGUUCGUAGUUUUCUAAUCAGUUUCAUGUCAAGUAAUGAUUUUUGGCAGAGACGGUAUGUGUAGUUAUGUAUUAACGUUAUUAAUGUUGAUGUUGAUUUUGUGAUUUUGGCAUGCGUUCGAGUUACACCAUAAUCUACAGUAGUUUACAAAUUUACUGUAUUUUCAAUUUUUUUUCCAGACUUCUAGUUUUGAUCCAAACAGUGUUGAUUUGUACACAGGAGUAAGUUGAGUUACUGUACUAACAAUUACUUCACUUAUGAUUAUAUUGUUAUAUACUGUAACAGAAAUCAGUGUAUGGGGAGAUCUUGUAGAACAAUAUGUAAAACACAUUGUUCUACGGAUUUUAAUAGUUUAUACUCAACUUUCAACUAUGUGAUCGGAGACGGGCAUUUAAGAACCAAACAUAUCCAAUUAACAAGUCACAUUCCGUAAUAGGGAAUAUUUCUAGGUUGUGAGUUUGGUCUCGCCUGUCUUUUCAUUUGGGCUAUCGGUUUAUUGGCUGCUGGGCAGUCGUCUACAAUGACUGGGACAUAUUCUGGACAGUUUGCUAUGGAAGGUUUUUUAAACUUAAAAUGGAAACGCUGGCAACGAGUGUUAAUAACGCGUUCUAUAGCUAUUUUGCCCACGAUUUUAACGACUGUUUUCCGAGGCAUUGAAGAUUUAUCUGGAAUGAAUGAUUUCUUAAAUGUACUAAUGAGUGUUCAACUGCCAUUUGCUGUUAUUCCAUUGUUAACGUUCACUAGUAGUAGAUCAGUUAUGGCUGAAUUUAAAAAUUCUCUUCCGGUUUCAAUUGUUGCUAAUUUAAUAUCCAUAGCAGUUGUGUCAAUUAAUCUAUUCUUGGGUAGUGUUGUAAUUAAAGCACGUCUACCGCAUCAUUGGGCAGUAUAUUUAGGCAUGGGAUUAUUAUUCGCAUGUUAUUUAGGGUUUGUAUUUUACUUGAUUUGGUUCGGAUUUAUUCAUGUAUGGCGUUCAAGAAGGACUCCUACAACAGUUGUUACAUUGAGUAUGGAUAGAUCUCUUUCAGUGAUUGACGUUGGUGCCACGGCUGUUCCUAUUAAUGGUGAGGGCGGUAAUCGACCGACCAAUGAGAAAACUCUCCAUAAUACAAUGGUUCUUUCUUAGAAAUUAUACGAUACAAAAGGAUUUUAAAAAAAUAAUUUAGCCAAAUAACAGUACUUAGCAGGAAGAGAACCUUUCGCCAAUUAAAUCUUGUCUUUCUAAUUCAUCCAUAUUAUUAUUAUUAUUACUACUUCCAUAGUAUUUGUAUUUAAUAUAAUGAUAUUUUUCCAGAUUGUUGUUAUGCUACUAUCAGAGUGUAUUUGGCCUUAAAUUACAUUUUAUUUAUUAAUUUAUGGAAUAGUAGGCAAUUGGGAAGUAAUAUGAUUUUCGUUUUGUCAAUCGAUCUAUUUACACACUGUUUUUAAUCUUUUUGCUAUGAGUCACAUUUAUUUCGAAUUGUUUGAUAUGCAGAAAGUUUUUACAAUAUAUAUAUUGAGAUAUGCGGUGCUUAAUUUUUUGUUCCCUGCUAAUUUUGUUAUGAUUGUAGUUGCUUAUAGAGGUCUUGAAUAACUGUCGAAAGUUGAAGGAAUGCUAUUGUUACCAAGAUUUUCUGUUUAUCGGGACUCACCAACAUGAUGUAUGUACAUCCAGUUUCCAGGUGACUGAUCCAUGCCACCCUGGAUAUUAAGAUCCGUUUCGUUCGUUAGGACUGAAUUAUUUAAUGUGUGAUUAAUUCAUUACAGAACUAAAGUAAGUGAAAUAUGGUCGAAUUUAUAGGAUGCAAAAGGUGGUCUACUCUUCGUAAAUUUAAAAGUGUUGGGUCAUUUAGUUUAUCGAUUUUAAUCCCCAUCAUAUUAAAACACUAAUAUAUGAACGAAAAAUAUUGUUUUCAAUAGAUCCUUUGCAGGUUCUACAAUUAUAUAUGUCUAAAUUAGUAAUCCAAAAAGGGUGACCGGAUUUAAGGUGAAGUAUGUGGUUUAAAGUUAUAGCAUGUGAAUGUCGGAUAGUAGAAUAACAUAAAGUUGUUAAUGUUGAGGUGACCAAUAUUGAAUUUUAAAUGAAAUUGUGAGAUUAAUGAUGAGAAUAAAUGUGAGUGAGAGAAAUAUUGAUGCAAUUACGAAUCGGACCAAAUGUUUAGUGUAUAUUGUGUAUAAAGUUGUAUGAAUUCGAUGAAGACUAAUAAAGUGGGGUGAGUGGUGAGUAUAUGAAUCAUUUGUUUGUGAGAGUAGUAGAGAUGUUGAACCAAUGAUAAUGAGAACGUUUGUGACUCGGUGUAAAUAUCGUGGUGAUCGUCACGAGAUACAUAUGUGCCAAAAGAAACUGAUAAAUUACAGUCCUAAACAUCAAUGGGAAGAUUCAAACAACCAAUGCAUAGAAAUCGAUAUUAAAAUGAUAAUAAUAAUAAUUAUUAUUAUACAAAGAUAUGUGAAUAGAAAUAAUCACGACAAUUAUAUUCGACUAAGAAAUGUUGUAUGUACGUUAAUGAGAUUAGGUCAUGUUGUAGUUAAGAUUACUAGUGAUUGAUUGGAUUUGACGUUGUCCAUGGUUGAGGAAGCGGUUGAACAUGUUGUUAUAAAUUAGUAGUUUAUAAGCGUUAAUUAUUUUGAAGACAUCUGUUAGGAUAUUUCAAGUUGUCAUCAUGGGGGUUGAAUGAGUUCUUUGUGAUGAACUAUAUACAGAACCCGUUUCACUAGAUUACUGAUUAUAUGGACUGAAAAUGUUUACAAAUUAAUGUUUUAAAUAGAGUAUAUGAGUCAUAUUAUUGGUGAUAAGCAUUAUAUUUGAAAGAAUAACAGGCAAAUAAAUGUGUAUCUAAAGUAAGCUGAUGCUUUAAGAUUACUUUUAUGGUUUAUAUAUGUUAAAAGAACUAAGUUGUUGUUCCAUAAUAACAUAUAUUUAGAAACAUCUUUAAUCCUCUGAAGUAGUCAGUGAUGAAACUCCGUAUCUUUGUUACUCUAUUAUUUUUUUUGUCCUUCAGACAGAUGUUUGGUGUAAGGGAUUUUGUAGGUUUAUUUAAUCCAGCUUCCACCCAAAUUUGAAAUCAUAAUUACAAACACUAACCGCUUUCAUAUUGAAUGAAAUUGAUAUGCUAUCGUCAAUACUACGUAGCAUCGUUUUCAUGUGAUACCAGUUACACCUUUUGGAUUAGAUUUAUUUUUCUGAUUUAUUUUAUUUAAACACAUAAACAUUGGUACAGGAGGG